AGCUUUGGGUCAUUUUCAGUGUAGUAAAAAAAGGAUAUAUAAAAAAACAAGUAUAAUUUUAAUAAGCAUAAUGUAAAAGCUACUAGAUUAAAUCUUUGUUGUCCGUUGGUUACAUUUGCAUUCUGCCAAACUCUAGUUAAUGUGCGGUUAAUACGUACAUUCUCCCCUCUUCAUAAAGAGGUGCAUAAUGGGAUGUCGUCACACAUUCUUUAUUAACAGAACUAAACAGCUCCAAAUGCAGGCUGAUAGAGAGGACGGUUAGGAAAAAAGCAGUGAAGUCGUUAUUCCCACAUGCUCUCUUAAUCAGAGGCGUUGAGGGCCAGAUGGUGGAGUGUAACAGGACAUAAAGGAGUGAGUGCUGUUUCAUGCAGUGGGCAUGUCCACUCUACAUCCCCCUGGGAACGGGCUAUUUUUACUUGGAACCUUUUUUUUUUAACUUCACGAGAGACUGAAUUUAUUAUUCAUCCCCCAAACCACACUCCUUUAAAUGGUUCUAAUGAUACUUUGACCUAAAUUAUCCUGAAGCACGAUGUGUGUGUGUGAAUCAUACAAGUGUGUGUGUGUGUGUGUGUGUGUGUGUGUGUGUGUGUGUGUGUGUGUGUGUGUGUGUGUGUGAUAAAGAAGUACAAAAAAGGACCUUGCAUAAGUGCGCACCUCCACUUGAAUGUGUUCACGUUGUGUACGAAAUGGGUUUAAUUUGGAUUUGAUGAAUCUACAGAAAAAAAGGAAGUGAUGUGUGGAAAUCAAUAUAGUUUGCAAAAGGAAUCCAAAAAAAACAUUGCACAAAUCCAAUCCAAGUGGUAAAACAAAACUCCACUUGUAGGACAACAUGUAGGGCUUAAAAAUGGAUGGAAUCCAAUGGAACUGACAGUAUUGAUCUCUGAAUAUAAAUAUAUGUUCCUGCAGUCCGCCUGGCUUUAUUGAACAUCUGCUAUAAAUGAGUCGUUUCCAAAGCAGCACCUGCCAUUUACACACUCUCUACCCUGAUGAACAUACACUCUCUCUCUCUCUCUCUCUCUCUCUCUCUCUCUCUCUCUCUCUCUUUUUGUACAUUAGCCUCCCACUUCCUUGUUCCCCCCCUGCAGGCACAAGGUCACUCCCUCUUUCACGCUCAUUAGCCUCAGAUCAAUGCGUCCUUUUGUCUGUGUAAGUUUCCCACGUUCUGUUCGUGCGCCUGGCACUCGCACAGCUGAAAUCAAACACAGGCAGCUGAGCUUGAAUUUAAUUCCUUGCCGGGUUGAUCCUGACGGGACAUCUGCCUCACUCGCAUCUGUUCACUGUUUCACUAUAAAGGAAUGAAGGAGGAAAGUUGAGCACAGUGCAGCUAAAGCUGUGGUCUCCAACAGUCCUUCUGAUUAGAAUGGCUGUGUUCCAAAUCAGCAUGAUGUACGGCAGGCUACUGUUCUUACUACUACCAAUCGUUGGUCAAAAGCCAACGAAUGGCUCCUGCUAGCUGUGUAUCCAACCUCAAAGCAGCCUUGUUCUGUAUAUAUGAGCAAACAGGCCUUCGGAUUGGCUGGAGUCAUUCUGAUUGACAGCAGGUGUUGAAGGUCGCCCCACCCACACAGACAUCAGGAUGUUCACAAACACCUAAUGGAAUUUCAUACCAAAUUACCUUUAUUUGAUUUUCUCUUCACUCUGUGACAGCUAAAGAAGUCAUGCCCAUUUCUUCUCAGAAAAUCAGAGGACAGAAAAGCAAGCAAUGAACAUUUCAGAAUUUUACUACUUAUUGAAUACAGUGAUUUAUACAAUUUUAGAAUCUAAUAACUUGAAAAAGCUCAUUACUGAUUUACUCAGUAGAAACCAAUACACAAUCAACAGUGGAAAACAGUAAAACAACAGCUAUAUACCUGAUUGUUUACAUUUUACAUCUUUAUAUAUAGUUAUGUCUAUAUAUAGAAGACAGAUAACAAGAUCUGUUAUGAGAGACUUGGAUAAACAUAAAGAAAGAGGAAAAGUAUAAAGGGAUUGUGUGUGUAUGUAAGAGAGAGAGAAAGUGAAAAAGCUAUUAUUGUUGUCUUGCUGUGUGUGUGUAAGAGAGAGAGAGAAGGAGAGAGAGAGAGAGAGAGAGAGAGAGAAGGAGAAAGUGAGAAUGCUAUUAUUAUUAUGCUGUGUGUGUGUUUGCUCUCUCCUUCCUCCAUUCACAUGCUAAUCAGAGCUGUAUAAAUGCAGUCGCUCUGAGAGCAGCACACACUCCUCAUCAACACACCCUCACACACACGUCAAUAAGUUUCACCCAGAAAUAAAGUGUGAUAGUCAUGACUGCGAUGAGUGCAACCCAGAGUGCAGACAGACAGAACAGCAGCAGGGACGAGAGGAAGCUGAGGAAGCCUCUAAUCGAGAGGAAGAGGAGAGAGAGGAUUAAUCAGUGCCUGGAACAGCUAAGAGAGACGGUGGUGGGAGUCUUUGGGCUCGACCAGUCGAAGUUGGAGAAGGCUGAUAUUCUAGAGAUGACAGUAAAACAUCUACAGAACAUCCAGAGUAAUAAAGUUACAGAACCAUUCAUGGACCAGGAGGCACAUCAGCGGUACAGCACCGGCUACAUCCAGUGCAUGCAUGAAGUCCACAACCUGCUGCUGUCCUGCGAUUGGAUGGACAAAACACUCGGUACUCGUCUCCUUAACCACCUGCUCCACUCACUGCCCAAAUCCACUCCGUCCAAACCCCCAAUCACUCACUGUGAGCCAGUAACACCGGGAAUCUGUGAGGUGGACGACUCGUCAUCACCCACCAGUGUGACUCUGCCCACUCUAACUAAAGAUCCCACCCUAUUGACUAGGCUGCCUCCCACCAAGAGCCUGACAGAUCAGGAAAUGUGGAGGCCUUGGUAGAACACUGUGUGUGUGUGUGUGUGUGUGUGUGUGUGUGUGUGUGUGUGUGUGUGUGUGUGUGUGUGUGUGUGUGUGUGUGUGUGUGUGUGUAUUUUACUACUCUGCUAUGUAUCUUAUAGAUAUACCUGUUGGUGAGUGUGCGGUCCAGAUUAGCGCCUCUUUCCUGAAGCUUGUUACUUCCUGUCUGAAGUAAACUUCCUGUAGCCUGCAUUGUAGAAGGCAGUUAAUGCUCCUGUGUUUAUUUAUUUGAUUAACACUGUCAUUUGUUGGAUUAAAUAAAAUCCAGAGCUAGCUCUCUGUUUGCUAGCUGACUAAUACUGUAGAGCCUGUGACCUCUAUGCUGUAUGUAAUAACCGUAUUAACCUGUUAUUAAUAAAUAAAAAAUAAAAUAUUCUUUUCUCUGCA